AUGGUGUGCGCUCUCUCCAUUGCCACGAAAGCAGACCACUUUCACAUCUCGCUCUCAAAGUUUAUUGCGAAGUUCGAGAGCAUAGGCGAAGACGACGCCAAGUCACUCGCAUUCCUCCUGCUGCAGAAUCUCCGCUUCACACUCGACGUACGCCAUCCCAUGAAAGGGUUAGCAGGAGAUCACACAGAAAUGAACGUCACGGCAGAAGGUCAGCUCGGUGGUAUUUCGAAAGCUAAUGGAUGGCGGACGCAUAUUUCCUCCAUACGCCCAGACAAAUCUGGCUUGCCGCCAGAUGGUGGUCAACAAAGAGCUUAUCGGGGUAUAUCUGGAACCAAGCUCGCCGAUCUUCCAUCUUGUCAAGCAGAUAUAAUAUUCACACCAAUAUUCAUGCUCACAAUCUCCGCAUGUGCGAAACUACUCGAAUCCUAUCGCUCGUUAGAAGACUCCACCCAACCUCAGGAGAUCAAGGCGUAUCAGCAAGAAAUUAACCGACUGUCAACACCCGGAGAAGUUGGAUAUCGUGGCAUUCGUGAGGACGAAGGCUGCAGACAAGAGAGAAGGUGA